AUGGAAGAGAACGACCCAAAUAAAAAGGUUCUCCUAAUGGGUAAAAGUGGUGCAGGAAAAACUUCAAUGAGGAGUAUUAUUUUUGCAAACUUUAUGCCUAAGGAUACCAUGAGACUUGGUUUCACAAACUCUAUCAAUCAAUCCAACAUCAGAUUUUUAGGAACUCUUUCGCUAGCGCUUUGGGAUUGUGGUGGACAAGAUCAUUUUAUGCAGCAUUAUUUCGAAUCUCAAAGAGACACCCUAUUCAGAAACGUACAGGUGCUUAUUUACGUCUUUGACGUGCAUUCAGAAGAUCAAAGGGACAUGAACUAUUAUCGAAGCUGUGUUGACGCAAUCCAAGACCACUCCCCCACUGCACACAUCUUUGUGUUGAUUCACAAGAUGGAUUUAAUCCCUGUGGAAAAACGAGACGAAGCUUUUAAUAAAAAAGAAAGAGAAGUUGUCAAAAACAGUGCAGGGCUCAAUGUGAUUUGCUUUAAAACUUCAAUUUGGGAUGAAACUUUGUAUUUAGCAUGGUCAAGAAUUGUGCAUUACUUGAUACCAAAUUCAGAUGUACUGACUCAGAGCUUGAACCGCUUUUGUUCUGCAUGUGAAGCUGAUGAGGUCGUCCUUUUUGAAAAAUCAACAUUUUUAGUUAUCUCAAAUUUUUCAUCAAAGCAGCAUAAAGAUGUGCAUAGGUUUGAGAAAAUUUCGAAUAUUGUGAAGCAGUUUAAAUUAAGCUGCAGCAAAGCUGCAGCAAGGUUCAAGUCGAUGACUGUGAUGAACACUAAUUUCUGUGCAUUUGUUGAUGAAUUUACCUCGAGCACAUAUAUUAUGCUUAUAAGUUCAGAUUCAACGAUUUUGCCUGCGCUAACGCAAAUGAACAUUGAUUUAGCGAAAAAGCAUUUUGAAGGUGUUGUGAGGGCAUCUACUGCGGUAGCACAAUAA